AUGGCAUUUCAACAAUAUGUAUAUCCUUACCCGUACAUGCAAGAAUUCCAACACUUUCUCGUGAUCGAUUUUGAGGCCACCUGCGACAAAGGGAAAAUUCUUCAUCCUCAAGAGAUAAUGGACUUCCCGUCACAAGUUGUCUGCAGCAUUACCGGACUUCCAAUCACUAGCUUUCAGACAUAUGUCCGACCAACUAACAAUCCGACAUUAACGGAUUACUGCAAGGAACUUACCGGAAUACAACAAGAUCAGGUCGAACGUGAACUUACAUUGGACAACGCUAUCUUACUACACGACGAAUGGCUUCAGAUGAUGGGAAUAAAAAACACUAACUUUGCUGUCGUAACAUGGUCUGAUUGGGAUUGUCGAGCCCUACUUGAAACUGAAUGCCGAGUCAAGAACAUUUACAAGCCUCCUUAUUUCAAUAGAUGGAUCAAUUUGAGGGUUCCGUUUCACAAUAUCUUUGGCGGGCAAGCGUGUAAAUUGAAUGAAGCUGUCGAGAAGGCCGGCUUAAAAUGGGAAGGUCGUUUGCAUUGUGGUCUUGACCACGUGAAGAACAUUGCGCGGCUUUUAGCAUUGCUCAUUCAUAAGGGUUACAAACUUUCGAUCACCAACAUGCUACCCUACAACUCAAGUGAUCCUGCGCCGUUGUGCAAUUGUGGGGUUAAAAGCAAUAAAUCGAUGGUUAGGAAACAUGGGCCGUGGCAAGGAAAAUUCUUUUUCGGAUGCGGGAAUUGGACUCCGGCGAGAGGUGCUAAAUGCCAGUUCAUGAAAUGGGCUAUUGAAUGA